AGCCCGAUACAUCUUUCCCAGGGCUGCCAUCUCAUCCCAUCACGUCCAGUCCUUCCCCCCUCCAUUCAUCGGCUCCAUUGCCUUGAUAGGCCAUCGCCCCCUCUGCAUUCACGGGAGUUGGAGCAGGUAUUCGCGGGACUUGGACUCCAACGGCCCUCCCAGGUCUCCUCGUGCCUCAGCUCAGACGAGGACAGUGUCAGAUCCCCGGGAAAGGAGCAUCUUGGCUUUCAACGCCGGGAUUCCCCUCUCGCUACAGCCUACGAACGCAACGCAACGCACGCACCCGCAUCCCACUUGGUGUCGGCAUCAAAGAGGUAUGUUGGAAUGAAGUUUUUUUCUUCUUGCAGUCUUCCUAUUCUUGCAUGAGCCUGAAUCAUUGCGUGCAUAUGUCGGUCAGCGCCAUGAGAUGAACUAUAGCGCAAACAUUACGAAGUACACAGAAGCCCCGAUGCCGGCUUCUGCAUCAGUGGUGUUUUUUUCUUUGGCUGGACCGGAGUCAGGCUACGGACGGCGGGUUCUUCGGCCUUUCUUCUUCUUUUCUUUCGAGGCCCAUUUUGCUCUCGUUUAAUUCCUAUUCGGGGUGUUGGUGUCAGUGACAAGCUAGCCCAAGUGCCUGGGAUGGAUCACGAGAGCGAGCGAGCGAGCAAGCGCAGCGUCCAGCGUAGCGCCCGUGUUGGCGUCCAUGGGCUCGGGGUCGAUGGGGGAUCGACCGGGUCGCAGAAUUAAUUGGCAUUUGCGGCUUCCGUUGCCAAAAGGUUGUCAGCAACUAACAGUGAAACAGGGACACAAAAUCCGAACCAUUCUCCAUCCUGACAUCCUUCCACUGCGUACUACGUACAGUACCUGCGCAGUAGACUUCUUCUUCUCCUCCUCCCCCGGUCCUGGAGAAGGGUACACCACCAGCCAGUCAGGAGUCUAGAGGGGAGAGAAAAGAGUGUGCAGAGCCACAAUAGAACCCAUCCCGCAACCUUGAUUCUCACUCACCCGACCCAACCGCCCCUUUUGGGACUGUCGUUUAUUUCCAUUCUUUCUGUCUUGCAUCGUACUCAACACGACAAACCAAGAGAGACCACUGUACGAAGUACGUCCACUCCGUACAUACAGACACAAAAACCGGGUUGGUUGCCAGGGACGCUACGGACGCUACGGGUACUUUGCACAGCUUGCAUUGUCCCAGCCCCCACGAGGAUACUUGGACAUUGGCGUUGCCACUGCCGCGACGCCGAGUAGCACUAGGCCAAGAGUUACCAAGACGUCGCCCAGCCCGCCUCUGGAAUCCACAGCACCUCCCGAGCUCCAAUACAGUUGGUCCACGCCCCCGUACCAAGAGAUCGUGUUGCGCAAUCCACCGUUCAUCUCACACUCGCACACACUCUUUGGCACUUUGUAGUGGACUCUCACUCUCACUCUCACUCUGCAGUGUGCCACACGCCCCCCGAGGAAUCCCACAUCCGCAAGUUCCUGAGCAUUGGCGCUCUCUCCUCUUCCGUCACUCGUCGAACGGCCGCCAGCACCCGGACUUUCCACCUUCUUUUCCCCGUCCACCACUCUCCAUUCGUUCAUUCUUGUUUUAUUACUUUGCUGUCUGUCUGGUUACCUUUUUCGUUCGUCACCCCAUCGUCUUCUCGUGUGUAUUUGCUCUUUUUUGGAAACCACCCGGGACGACGCGGUGCGACGUGGGCACAACAGUGGUUUAAGACGAUCGCAAACCGACCCUCUUCCUCACUCUCAAUCUCCCCUAUUUGAGAGGCUUACGCAACACCACAACCGAGAGGCCUCUCUGAGCCUCACCCCGUUUGCGGGGACACCACCACAAACCAUGGUUUCCUUCAGGACCAUAGCUGCCGCCUUUGCCGGCCUCGCGGCUCUUCCUCAGAGUGUUUAUGCACACUCGACACAGCGCAACCCGCUGAGUUAUGUCACCAUCCUCGAAGAUGCGGUCUUCCACUCCCCUUCACAACAUUGCCACGCCCUUUCGCACUUCGAUCUCACUUUCUCUAUACACGACAAGCGACAGGAAAUACGCCUUGCGCUAGAACCGAACGAUGACAUUCUCCACAACAACCUCCAAGUGAAUUACAUGGGCCACGACGGCAAGAUCCACACCACAGAAACUGUCGACAGGUUAGAGCACCGGGUAUUCAGGGGAAAGGCAUUCGUACGCCACGAGGGAAGCCCCAACGACUGGAGGCACGCUGGAUGGGCUCGAAUCACGGUACACCGAGACGGCGCGGAACCCAUUUUCGAGGGCGCUUUCCGCAUCGACGACGACCACCACCGAAUCCAGACCGGAACCAACUACCAUGCGCGCAAGCACCGCGAGGACCCCGACGCUCCGGGCAAGGGCCGGAACCCCGACGAGUACAUGGUGGUCUGGAGGGACUCGGAUAUUAUCGAAUACUGGACCGACCGUGAGGAUCUGAAGAAGAAGCGGGAAAUUUUCGGCCGGUCUUCAUGCAACUCGGACAGCUUGGACUUCAACACCGACUACAAGAUCUUUGACGCGCGGGAUACCGAACCCCUGCAGUCCGUGCCAUCAAACUCUCUCUUCGGACGCAACAUCUUCGGCAGGCAGAUUGACGGCAGCACCGGUAACAACGGCGCAGGUGUCAACCUCGUCUCCACCAUCGGACAAACCAACGGAUGCCCGACGACGCGCAAGAUCGCCCUCCUCGGCGUUGCCACGGACUGCACUUACACCGCCGCCUUCAACUCAACGCAGGCUGUUAGGCAGAACAUCAUCGACGUGAUCAACGCCGCUUCCGAAGUGUAUGAGAGCACAUUCAACAUCUCACUCGGAAUUCAGAAUCUCACAAUCAGCGACGCCAACUGCCCUGGACAGGCCAGCUCGACCGCCCCGUGGAACGUCGCAUGCAGUAACAGCGUCACCAUCACUGAUCGUCUGAAUCUCUUCUCGGCGUGGCGUGGUAAGUCCAACGAUGACAACGCCUUCUGGACGCUCCUGAGUACCUGCGGCACCGAUUCCGCUGUUGGUCUGGCGUGGUUGGGACAGGCCUGCACCGAUGGAGCCCAGACAUCAGGCAGCGGCAGUAACAAUGAGACGGUUGCGUCGGCCAACGUCGUGAUCCAGACGCCAAGUGAGUGGCAGGUUAUCGCUCACGAGGUCGGCCAUACCUUUGGUGCCGUACACGACUGCACUUCCGACACUUGCAGCAAUGGCGAUUCUGAUAUGCAGCGGUGCUGUCCCCUGAGCUCCAGCACCUGUAAUGCGGGUGGUUCCUACAUUAUGAACCCGUCGACCGGCACUGGUAUCAGAGCAUUCUCUCCUUGCAGUAUCGGUAACAUUUGCUCCGGUCUUCUCCGUAACCAGGUCAAGUCGUCUUGCUUGACGAACAACCGAAAUGUCAAUACCAUCACCGGAAGCCAAUGUGGUAACGGCAUUGUUGAGUCUGGCGAGGACUGCGACUGCGGUGGAACCUCUGGCUGCGGCAGCAACAGGUGCUGCAACCCCACGACGUGCAAGUUCACCACCGGAUCAGUCUGCGACCCCGCCAACGAGGACUGUUGCAACGGCCAGUGCCAGUUCGCUUCCAAUGGUACCGUGUGCAGAACGAGCACCGGUUCCUGCGACCCUCAGGAGACCUGCAGCGGCUCAUCAUCAACGUGUCCCAGCGACGAGCACAAGGCCGAUGGUGAUUCCUGCGGUAACUCUGGCGAGGGCCUCACCUGCGCCUCUGGACAGUGCACCUCUCGCGACCAGCAGUGCAAGACCGCCUGGGGAUCGCGCACCAACUCCACCUCGGUGACCUCGUGUAACAGCGGCAGCUCAGACUGCAUGAUCUCCUGCAACGUCCCCAGCAUCGGCAACGGCGCCUGCGUGACGAUGAACCAAAACUUCCUCGACGGCACGUCGUGCACGGGCGGCGGCAAGUGCUCCAACGGCGUCUGCCAGGGCGCCAACGCCGGCACCGAGAUCAUGGACUGGAUCCAGAACAACAAGGGCAUCUUCAUCCCCGUCGUCAUUGUCGUCGGCCUCCUGGUCCUCAUUGUAUUGUUUAGCUGCAUCUGCGGCGCGUGCCGGCGGAGCAGGAGCCGGCAGAGGGCCAAGCGCCUCAAACCCGUGCCCGUGCCGGCGAUGGCGCACAAUGGCGGGUGGAACAGCUACGGGGGCGCAUGGAGUAAUCCCAACAUCCCUCCGCCGCCGCCGGCUGCUACGCGGCCCGGCGCGCCUCCGCCUUAUCAUGGCGGUGACCCCUAUCAGAAUGGGGGCUGGGAGAUGAACAGGACUCAGAGCGCCAGGUACGCUUAAAAAGGCGAUGAACCUGGAACAGCUCAAGGAGGGAAAGAGACAGGACGGGACAAGUUGGAUAUUACUCUAGACCAUUGCAUUACUCGGCGUUGGCGGUGCUUUUCCCUUAUUUUCAUUUACUAUUAUUACUGCCCCCAUUUUGGAUUCAAAAUUCCAUCUGGGGGGAUCUUCGACGAUUGCACAUUGGAACCACGGCAAACCUGUUCUUCUAGACGGGAUUGCCAUUUCGUGUAAUUAUGAUGACCAGAGAGGGGUCUGGGGUUGUAUACCUACUCGUAGGGAUAAACCUGGCCUGACCGUAGCUUACCUAGAGAACGGCAGAGGGGAGAGAGAGAGAAUUACAUAGCUUCUUCAAGGUCAGCUGGCUGAUCCGGUGCGGAUACCAGCGGGAGACCGACAUACAAUCC